CGCGGGCAGUGGAAGGGUUAAUUGACGUAUGUACACAUCACCGUUGAAGGUGCGGGAAGGUAAAUUCCUGGGCGUGGUGAGAGUCCGACCAGAAAGUACAAGGAGCAACAAAGCACAGAUCGUAGAAGAGGAUUACAGGUCGGGUUACCAUUUUGCUCUGCAAGAACAGAAGAUGGGUCAGAUGCCUUCAAGAUACAGUGAUGACACACAGGAAGAGUUCCAUCGGCUGCUGUCUCAGUAUGACUUCAACGAACUUAAACUAAUCUACGAGUAUUUUAAAAAAGACCUGAUCUACAUUGUGGAGUCCACCACUGAAUUUAAACAGCUACUGGAGUACAUGGCAACUCGGAAUAUCCUCAAUAUGGAGGUAUACCUCCAAAUGAGGAGAGACCUGGGACCCUUCAUGUUCUCUGAGAAGCUGGUACAAGAUAUUCUGGAUGCUGGAAAAGAGGCCAUCAUGGGGUUCUUGGAAGCCAUCUACGAUCUACAGUUUUGUAAUGGACCGGAUCAUUUGUAUGCACUGCGAGACGAAUUGGAUCACUUCGGGGACAGUCUAAUGCAACAGAUAUUACUGGACCGAAAUGGACACCCUCUGACUCCAGAGCUGAAAGAAAUACAGGAACAUCACAAACAACAUCUGCUAGAAACCGCUAUAACAAAAGCGUCAGAAUCUACAGGAAAGAAUAAGGAUUUUUAUGUUUCUGAUCGUUAUAUGGAUAUGAUUGUGUCCCAUGUCCGCCCCUUUCAUAAACCAUCUGAUCACAGGCUUAUAGAGACGGCAACAAAACAUAAAGAUUACUUACUGGCUGUUGCCGGAUGUAUUUCUCCUAACGGACUGUUCCGUUGGUGCCGAAGUCUAAAACGUGAACCACAUGCGGUGAUGGUGACUGGUGUGCCAGGAAUAGGGAAGACAACCCUACUGGAGAAGCUGGUUUGUGAUUGGGCAAAUGGAAAAUUCUAUCAGAGGUUUUCUUUCAUCUUCUUCUUAAGGUUCCGGGAUCUCAACAAGCUAGAAAAGAUCAGCUUGGAGUCAAUGAUCCUUCAGGAAUAUCCAUAUUUAGAGAAUCAACUUGGGAACAUUUUAGAGAAUCCGGAAAGGCUACUCUUUAUCUUUGAUGGCCUGGAUGAAAGUGUUCAUGAAAUACAUUUUAAGUCACGCCGCCCAUCCCGUGAUAUAAAACAAGUAGAGAAUGUUGGAGCAGUUGUGGUUGGUUUGGCAAUACGGUCUCUACUCAAGGGUUGCUCGUUGCUUAUGACCAGCCAACCAGACAGAUUGGCGGGAAAGGAUAUUGGCAUUUUCAAGAGAGUACUGGAGGUCAUUGGAUUCUUACCAAAAGAAAGUCAACUUUACAUUGAAAGAUUCUUCAUGAACAAAGAAAUAUCAGAGAAGGUUUUGGGUUUUCUGAGGGAGAACGGUGUGCUGUACACUUUCUGUUACAACCCAUCGUACUGCUGGAUCAUCUGCACAGUCCUAUCAAAGUUCUUCAAAGGCCAACCAACCAAUGAUGACCAAUUGAUGCCAUCACUGCCGAAAACUCUGACGCAGCUCUUUGCGGGUUUCAUUGCUGAUAUUCUGUGCAACCAUAGUCCAGAUAAAUUCAGUGCUCGGAGUUUGUUGACAUCUUUCGGGUGGAUGGCAGAACAUGGAGUUAUGAACCAUGUUACCAAAUUCGAAAAACAGACCUUAUCACAGUUUAAUGUGGACCCGACCUCAAACCUUUUUCCAGAAUUAAUGAAAGAAUACACACGUUCCCCCGAGGCAUCCUUCUCCUUCCUUCACCCCAUCACCCAGGAAUUUUUGGCUGCCUUGGUCCAUUAUAUUGACUAUUCUCCCGAGAAGUUACAUAGCUCAAUUCAAAGAGCCAAGUCCUUCGUUAACAACUAUGGUGAACUAUUUCUCUCAUUUCUCAGUGGCCUCUCCGAUAUCUCCACCAGGACCAUUUUGGAGCCUUAUCUGGGUGACUUGUCUUCUGAUGGCGCCAAGGAUGUCCUCACUUGGCUUCAACAAGAAGUUACAGACAUUAUAGAAUUUGAUACCUUGGAAACAAGAAAGCUCUUGAGUAUAUGUUUUAAAUUCUUUGAGCUACAGAAUAAGGCAUUUUGUUCAGAAUGCCUCGGAUCGCUCAGAUGUUUUAACGUUGGAGUCAACCUGGCUCCUCUGGAUUGCUCUGUGGUGUCUUUUACGCUUCAGUCCUUUGAAGAGAUUGAAGUUCUUAGCUUAGGAGGAUGUAGACUUCGGAGGGAGGAUGUUGAGAGAUUUGCACCUGCUCUACAUAACAUACGUAACAUAGAAUUCAAUGGCAAUAGAUUCGGAGAUGACGGAGUCAAGUUUAUAUGUUCAGCAUUAAAACAUCCCGACUGCAAGAUACAAGCUCUGCAGUAAGUUGUCCUACCUUCUACAUUUAUGAUGUUAUAAAAUAGAAAGGAUAUAAUACAUUUUUUAGACUCUAAAUUA